AUGUGGGCACCUCCGUACCUGAGGGCCACCAUGGACCUGGGCACCAGAGGGAUGCGGGGACAGUGGCCACCAUGUCACUGUGGACAUGCGGGUGUCACCUUAUCCCCUCCUGGGGUCCCCGUCCACCCAACAUUGUCCCCAGUGUCACCAUUUGCUCCAUGCCACCCCCGUCCACAAUGCCACCGUUGGCCCAGUGUCACCUUGUCACCUCCUGCUGCCACCAUCUACCCGAUGGCCCCAAGUCCACCAUCAACUCAACGUCACCAUUGGCCCUGUGUCACCCUGCCACCUCCUGGUGCCACCAUCUACCUGAUGUCCCCAAGACUGCCAUCAACCCAAUGCCACCAUUGUCCACGUGUCACCCUGCCACCUCCCGCUGCCACCAUCUACCCGAUGUCCCCAAAGCUGCUGUCAACCCAAUGUCACCAUUGUCCAUGUGUCACCCUGUCACCUCCUGCUGCCACCAUCAACCCAACGUCACCAUUGGCCCCGUGUCACCCUGCCACCUCCUGGUGCCACCAUCUACCUGAUGUCCCCAAGACUGCCAUCAACCCAAUGUCACUAUCAUCCACAUGUCACCCUGUCACCUCCUGGUGUCACCAUCAACCUGACAUCCCCAAGGCCACCAUCAACCCAAUGUCACCAUUGGCCCUGUGUCACCCUGCCACCUCCUGGUGCCACCAUCAUCCUAACGUCACCAUUGUCCAUGUGUCACCCUGCCACCUCCUGGUGCCACCAUCAACCCAAUGUCACCAUUGUCCAUGUGUCACCCUGCCACCUCCUGGUGCCACCAUCUACCUGAUGUCCCCAAGGCCACCAUCAACCCGUCACCAUUGUCCACAUGUCACCCUGUCACCUCCUGGUGCCACCAUCAACCCAAUGUCACCAUCAUCCACAUGUCACCCUGUCACCUCCUGGUGUCACCAUCAACCUGACAUCCCCAAGGCCACCAAUCAACCCAAUGUCACCAUUGUCCGUGUGUCACCCUGCCACCUCCUGGUGCCACCAUCAACCCGACGUCCCCAAGGCCACCAUCCGCCCCACGCCACCCUGUCCCCUCCAGGUGCCACCACCCACCCAACUCAUCCCCAGUGCCACCACUGCCCCCCUUGUCCCUCUGUCCCCUCCUCGUCCUCCCUGAUGCCACCGCAGGGGACGUUCCCCCUGAAAUAACCAAAUUUCCUUUUUUUUAACUUUUUUUUUAUUAAUUUCCCCUUUUCUUGGCUUUUUUGGGGGAGAUUUCACCCCAAAAUAAACCUGCUCCUCCUC